GAAUGGGACAAGGGUGGGUGGGAGGUGGCAAUGUGGGGGAGGUGGCCAAGGACCCAGAUAAGAGGGAAGAAGGAAGGCCGAGCACAGGUCCGUGUAUUCUCCUGGGUGAGCCUUAAUGCUGAUUUCUGGUCCGACAGAACUCCUCUCCAUGAAGCCGCCUACCAAGGCAGACUGCUACACCUGAGGAGCCUCAUCGCACAGGGCUUCCAUGUAGACACGCUCAGUUUGGACAGAGUCUCUGCUCUCCAUGAAGCUUGCCUUGGCAGCCAUUAUGCUUGUGCAAAGUUCCUGCUGGACAGUGGUGCAAAUGUGGAAGCAGUUUCAACAGAUAGCGCCACACCUCUCUUCAACUCUUGCAGCAGCGGGAGUGCUGCUUGUGUCAGGCUCAUGCUGCAGCACGGUGCCUCCACACACACCCCCUACCAGCUAGUAUCCCCUCUACAUGAGGCUGCUAAGAAAGGUCACAGAGAGUGUCUGGAGUUGCUGCUGUCGUAUGGAGCUCACAUCGACAUGGAGCUGCAGGUGGGGGGGACGCCGCUGUACUCUGCCUGCACGGCCCAGACUGCAGCCUGUGUCAGGGCGCUGCUUUGCUCAGGAGCAGAUGUUCGGAUUGGGUGUGGGCAGGACAGUCCUUUACAUGCUGCAGUUCGAAGUGGAGGAGCCAACGUUGUGGAUCUCCUGCUGGACUUCGGGGCUGAUGGGUGUUGUAGGAAUGCAGAGGGAAAGACUCCUCUGGAUCUCUCAUUGCCAAACAGCACAGUUAGGGACACGUUGCAGAAAAAAAGGUCCCUGCUCUCUGUCGCAGCUCUGUCGCCUCGGUAUUCGUCGAAGUCUGGGAAGGAGUCGUCUCCACCGAGCCUCUGGCCUCUCCCUCCCUCACAGUAUCAAGGACUUCCUUCUCUAUCAAUGAGACGUCUCUGCCCUGAAACCUCGCCUCUUUGUGCGCCCCAUGCUGAUUGUCCUUCACAUUUGUGCCUUGUCCCUGGCAAGAACAUGGGACUAAAUCAGUCAUCUGUAUUUUAUAGUAUUGUUGCUUUUGAUAUAAUUAUUGUUAUUCACAUAUAGCUGAUGAUGCUAUUUUGGAUACAAGCAUUGGAAGUUCCAAGAUAUUCAUAUUGCAGUUCAUUCGUAUCAGGUUUUGUAUUUUUAUAUGUAUAAUGAAGUGUUUUCUAUUUCAUUUUCAUUAAUUCUAUACUACUUUAUUCCAAAACCUUUCAAUGGGUAACUUUCCAGAUUAUACAAACAAAUCAGUUUACAGCUGUUGGAAGUACUACUGCCAAUGUGAAACAAGUAGUAUUAUUGGCUCCGGAGACUGAGAAGCCAUGUCACUUGAGUACGUAUCCAUUGAGGACUACAAGUUUGAAAAUGACAAAAAUCUUGGGUUGUAUCCACUAAGAGUAAAUACUGUAUUUUGUAAAAAGUGUUUUUUAAAUAGAUUGUAAUGUUCUUUUGCAUUCUUAUUAUCUUCACUGAGCAACAUGUUAGAAAGCUGGACAAGUGAUUUCAUUCAGCAGGUGGUACUUGACUGUUUUAGCCUUAAUUGGCUCCUAUUUACACAAUUGCAAUUCCUGACUGUAAGGCUCAAAUAUUGUAUUGUGGUUUCUAACCCGUAAUGUAAAGUGUUUUUCCGGACGUUUGAGGACUUGCGAAGUGAGUUUUUUUUACAUUUCUAUGAAUGUCACCAUCAUUGUUACCCUGAGUGGGGAUCCACAUCACUUCCUACAAUAAAUUCAGCUGACCUAAA